UCUUCUGUGCCACCCUUCGCACUUCUCUCUUGUUUUCCAGCCCUUUGCAUUUAUCCAAAUUAAACAGCGUCAAGAUGUUUAAAGUCACCGUUGUUGGUAGCGGCAAUUGGGGCAGUGUUGCGGCAAAGCUUAUUGCCUCGAACACCAUCAGGCUUGCCUCCUUCCAUGAUGAAGUGAGAAUGUGGGUAUUCGAGGAAAAAUUACCAAGUGGGGAGAAGCUCACAGAUGUUAUCAACAAAACCAAUGAAAAUGUCAAGUAUCUCCCUGGAAUCAAGCUUGGUAAAAACGUAGUUGCUGAUCCAGAGCUUGAAAAUGCAGUUAAGGAUGCCAACAUGCUAGUAUUUGUAACUCCGCAUCAAUUCAUGGAAGGAAUAUGCAAGAGGCUUGCAGGGAAAAUAAGGUCAGAUACAGAGGGAAUUUCUCUUAUCAAAGGGAUGGAGGUCAAGAAGGAAGGCCCAACCAUGAUCUCUACUCUCAUUACCAAACAACUAGGAAUCAAUUGUUCUGUUUUAAUGGGGGCCAACAUAGCAAAUGAGAUAGCAUUGGAGAAAUUUAGUGAAGCAACAGUUGGAUAUAAUCAAAACAAAUUAGCAGCAGAGAGAUGGGUUGAGUUGUUCAAUACUCCUUAUUUCAAUGUGACAGCCGUCGAAGAUGUUGAAGGGGUCGAACUCUGUGGAACUCUGAAAAAUGUAGUGGCCAUAGCUGCAGGUUUUGUUGAUGGCUUGGAGAUGGGAAAUAAUACAAAAGCUGCAAUCAUGAGAAUUGGCCUGAAAGAGAUGAGGGCAUUUUCAAAGAUGUGGUUUCCAUCUGUUAAGGACAACACCUUUUUUGAGAGCUGUGGUGUAGCUGACCUUAUCACAACAUGCAUGGGUGGGAGAAAUAGGAAAGUUGCCGAUGCUUAUGCCAGAAAUGGAGGGAAGAGGCCUUUUGAUGAGCUUGAAGCAGAGAUGCUUCAAGGACAGAAAUUGCAGGGUGUCUUAACUGCACAAGAGGUUCAUGAGGUUCUAAGUCAUCGUGGGUGGCUACACAUGUUUCCUCUCUUCUCAGCUGUGCAUGCAAUCAGCACAGGUCGCCUUCCACCAUCAGCCAUAGUUAAAAUCAGCGACCUAAAGCCCAGCUCUAAUUUGUAGGCAUGGACAAUUACAAAGCAUGCUUUAGAUGCAUUUACAAGGAUAGAAGGUCAGCACAUACUCAGAAGGUUCUCUUAGGAAGCUAACUCUUAUUCAAAGUUCAUGUCAAUUGUUGUACCUUUUCCACUCCAUGUAACACAUGCAACAGGCUGAAGAAAUACUUCAAACAAGAGAUUUGAAUCUAUCUACUGAUUGAAGUUUCCAAUUUUGAGAAUGUAUUAAAUGAUCGGUUUGUUUUAAUCCCCUAUAUGGAGCAAUUGCUUCCAAUAUUAGUAUACACAUCUAUUUAUAAUAGAUAAAAGUUGAGCUUCUUAUUAUUAUGCUAUCAUGUUAGUACAUUUAAUGAUUUGG